AUGGCCACAACUGCGAAAAAGGCGACGCCUAGUAAUGUUUGUUGCGCUGCCGAUGGUGGAAGAUCGGCGGCUGCCGUUGCCGGUGUCCGCCGUGAGGCGGCCUCUGCCUCUGCCUCUGCUGUUGACUGGAGUGUUCCGUCUGCGAUUGCCGAAGAUCAGCAGGACAAGAAAGCUGCUGCCAUGGCGUCUGUGAUCCGACCCGAGCCUUCAUCUAACGCUGCUACUAAAGGGAUCCAGGUCAUGCCUAGGGCUCAAACUGUUCAUCCUUUGGAUCCUUUAUCUGCUGCUGAAAUCUCUGUGGCUGUGGCAACUGUCAGGGCAGCUGGUGCCACCCCUGAGGUGAGAGACGGCAUGCGUUUUAUCGAAGUGGUUCUACUUGAACCAGAUAAACACGUGGUUGCACUGGCAGAUGCUUAUUUCUUUUCCCCUUUCCAACCAUCUUUGUUGCCUAGAACCAAAGGAGGACUGGAAAUUCCUAGCAAGCUUCCUCCAAGGCGGGCCAGACUAGUUGUCUACAAUAAAAAAUCAAAUGAGACAAGUAUAUGGAUUGUUGAACUAACUGAAGUACAUGCAACAACUCGAGGUGGACAUCACAGGGGAAAAGUUAUCUCAUCCACAGUUGUUUUGGAUGUUCAGCCGCCUAUGGACGCUGUGGAGUAUGCUGAAUGUGAAGCUGUUGUAAAAGAUUACCCUCCGUUUAUAGAGGCAAUGAAGAAAAGGGGUAUUGAUGAUAUGGAUCUUGUCAUGGUUGAUCCUUGGUGUGUCGGUUAUCACCGCGAGUCUGAUUCUCCUAGUCGCAGACUUGCAAAACCACUUAUAUUUUGCAGAACCGAGAGUGACUGUCCUUUGGAAAAUGGAUAUGCACGACCAGUUGAAGGAAUUCAUGUACUUGUCGAUAUGCAAAAUAUGGUAGUGAUCGAGUUUGAAGAUCGUAAAUUUGUUCCCUUACCUCCAGCUGAUCCAUUGAGGAAUUACACUCCUGGUGAAACAAGAGGAGGGGUUGAUAGAAGUGAUGUGAAACCCCUGCAAAUUGUUCAGCCAGAGGGACCUAGCUUUCGAGUUAAAGGACGUUAUGUAGAGUGGCAGAAGUGGAACUUUCGGGUUGGUUUCACUCCGAGAGAGGGUUUAGUUAUCCACUCGGUUGCCUAUGUUGAUGGUAGUCGGGGUCGAAGACCUAUAGCUCAUAGGUUGAGUUUUGUGGAGAUGGUUGUCCCCUAUGGGGAUCCCAAUGAUCCACAUUACAGGAAGAAUGCAUUUGAUGCUGGGGAAGAUGGCCUCGGGAGGAAUGCUCACUCUCUUAAGAAGGGAUGUGAUUGUUUGGGAUACAUAAAGUAUUUUGAUGCUCAUUUCACAAAUUUUACUGGAGGAGUUGAAACAACUGAAAAUUGUGUAUGUUUGCACGAAGAAGAUUAUGGAAUCCUGUGGAAGCACCAAGAUUGGCGAACAGGAUUGGCAGAAGUUCGAAGAUCAAGACGUCUUACUGUUUCUUUUAUUUGCACUGUUGCCAACUAUGAAUAUGGAUUCUACUGGCACUUCUAUCAGGAUGGGAAAAUUGAAGCAGAAGUUAAACUUACCGGAAUUCUCAGUUUAGGAGCACUGCAACAAGGAGAAUCUCGAAAAUAUGGCACAACAAUUGCCCCAGGACUAUAUGCCCCAGUUCAUCAACACUUUUUUGUUGCUCGUAUGGAUAUGGCAGUUGACUGCAAGCCUGGAGAAGCACACAAUCAGGUUGUUGAAGUGAAUGUCAAAGUUGAAGAACCUGGAAAGGAUAAUGUUCACAACAAUGCUUUUUAUGCUGAGGAAACUUUGCUUAGAAGUGAAUUAGAAGCCAUGCGUGAUUGUGAUCCUUUCUCGGCUCGCCAUUGGAUUAUUAGAAACACGAGAACUGUAAAUAGGAACGGACAGCUGACUGGCUAUAAACUGGUACCUGGUUCUAACUGUCUCCCACUGGCUGGUCCGGAGGCGAAGUUUAUGAGAAGAGCUGCAUUUUUGAAGCAUAAUCUAUGGGUUACACAAUAUAAGAAGGGGGAGGACUUUCCAGGAGGAGAGUUUCCUAAUCAGAAUCCACGUGUUGGAGAGGGAUUGGCUUCUUAUGUGAAGCAAAAUCGGUCUCUGGAAGAAGCUGAUAUUGUUCUAUGGUAUGUUUUUGGAAUCACACAUGUUCCUCGGUUGGAAGACUGGCCGGUUAUGCCUGUGGAACGCAUUGGUUUUAUGCUUCAGCCACAUGGGUUCUUCAACUGCUCCCCAGCAGUGGACGUCCCACCUAAUGCUUGCGAGACAGACGCCAAGGAGAAUGACGUGAAGGACAACGGUGGAGCAAAGCCUAUCCCAUCUGUUGAGAAGAAUCCAAUUCAAGAAGAGAUUUCUCUCCCAAUUCUUAUCGCUGAAAGAGUAAUAAAAUCAGCUAAAGAAGCUGAAUCCUUCAAGCCUGAAAACAACGACCUCGCCACUCAAGUAACCCAGCUCUCCCUGCACCUCCGCGCGCCUCAUGACCGCUUUCACCUACGACCGCCCAAUCCGCCGAGUCACCGCCGAUCUCAAAAGUCCCUGGACCGUGCUCUCGCACUCUCCCGCAAGUGUAAACAAAAAAAGACUAAUGUUCUCCGCUAUGUUCUGUCGAUCACCACCACCACUGACUUCAAAAAAGUGGGUAAUCUUCUUGGUUCUUCUUCAGCUGAUGUUCAUUAG